AUGCAACCAGAAACCCCACGCAGUAGCACCGCCUGCUACAGAUGCUACAAGCGCAAAGUAAAAUGUUCUCGAGAAAAACCAUGCCGCAGCUGUCGCCUCGUGAAUCGCGACUGUCAGUAUCCAGUCCGGGACCGAAAUGUUACCGUCUCGGAGAGUUAUCUCCGCAGUCUUGAGGCCCGUGUCGCGCAGGGUAGAACUGUCGAGCAGCAGGCCCCGCAUCCGCAUCCGCCUCCGCCAUUGACGCCUGUCGAGGGGAGCCUUGAGUCGCGAACGGACGUUCCCGCUCAGAGUGUCGGUGUGCAGCUUUCAGAUCCAUUAGUCGAGGAUCCGACCUCGGAGGUGUUUGUUUCAGGACUUAAGCGGCUUCGUUCCCCGACUACGUUACUGGGGGUGGCCGACUUCUCGAAUCAAAUCGCAAUCGCAUCAAGUCCUGUACUUGAGGGUCUGCAGGUACAGAGGCAGGCGUAUGAUUACUACCAGUUAGAUCACGAUACAUCAAGCACUCCCUGCUCCUUCAAACUCCCACCCUACCCCUACGCCCUCCUCCUCUACGAGCGCUUCGCCAUCUUCGUCGGCCACGACUGGCACUGGUUCCGGAAACAGACAUUCCGCCAUCGACUAGAUCUCACAUACAAGGAUCCCCGCGCGAAAGAGCUCAAGGACCGCAUCUGGCUCUGUCGACUGCUGAUCGUUUUUGCGUUGGGCGAGUCGUAUAAUUCCGAGUCUGCUCCGGAGGUUAGGCUUGGCCCUGGGGACGAGAAUACGCAUGGGGGUGCGGAUACGGGAUCGGAUGAGGGAGAGGGGAUUGGCAGGAGCGUGCCUGGCACGGAGUUCUUCGAGCAAGCUUUGACGCUGUUGCAGGUAAGGCACGAGGAUCCGUCGAUUGAUCAGGUCGAGGCGUUGAAUCUUGCAGCCUUCUACUCCUACAGCCUCAACCGCAAGAAAGCCGCGUACAUGUACGCGGGCCUCAGCUUCCGGAUGGCUAGUAUCCUCAAACUCCACAAACCCAGCUUACCCAGCACCCCCGCCCUCGAAGCUGAACACCGUAAACGCAUUUGGUGGACAACGUACUGCAUCGACCGCAUGACUAGCACAGAAUUGGGCCUUCCGCCUGCCCUCCAAGUUAACCGCGUCGAACAAACCUACCCAGACGACUCGGCCCUCCUGCACCCCUCCGACCGCGCAGAAUUCUACGAUGCCGAGACGCACACGACGCAGGUGCAGCUUGCGUUUAUACACGCGGAUAUUUGUGAGAAUAUGAAGAGUAUUCGGAAGGGCGAUACGAUGGAUGUGGAUGUUGGGGAUCUCACGAGGCCGAUUCUACAACGGCUGGAGGAGGUGCGCGCAGGACUGCCCGUGCAUAUGUCGUUUGAUGUGGAGGAUGGAAUGCCCCCUGCUAUGAAAGGGAUGCCGGAUCGGUCGUUGGCGUCGCUUUAUCAGCGGUAUCAUCAGUGCUUUGUUCUGCUGCUGCGCCCUUUAUUCUUGAAACAGAUCAGUUACCUCCUUGCGGGUGACACGAUAAAAGCGUAUCAGGAAGACCUGAGAUUCCUCACAAACACGUGUCUCCGCGCAGCGAGGACGAAUCUCAAAAUCAUCAUUGACCUCCGGAGCUGCGACAGAAUGACCCGCUUUGGCUUCUGGGAAAGCCUCCACCUCUUCUCCGCAUUAAUGAUAUUAUCAUUGGCAACAUCCGUCAACACCCGAUGGCCGCAUACCUUUGCCGAAAAGCCUGACGACAGAAAUACGUACGACACUGCCAAGGGGUUAUUGAAUGAGAUGAUUGCUGCUGGGAAUUUGGGGUCCAAAGGGCAUGGGCAAAUGCUUGCUGAGGUCGAGGCGUUUCAGAGUGGCCUUUUCGGGGCGCAUACCAAUGGGCUCGACAUGGCGAGUACGGGGUGGGAUGUUGAUGGGUGGAUUGAGGCGUUGUUAGCUUCGUGA